AUGGCAGAGCAAACAGACGAACUCUCCCACAGCUUCCCCAUCCUCUCCGAUGCCCCGAUCGGAGCUGGUGAGACCGACAAUAGCGAUGGUCUUACUUGGGAGCAGCGUGAAGCCCAAACUGGACUUGCAGACGAAUUUUCGGGACAGGUCCCAGCCAACGAGGAUGCGGGCGACGACGACCUUCUAGGUGGUGGUAGCGACACUGUGCAGGGCAUCGAACAAUUCAAGGACUCAUACCCCGACAUGGCCUCAUAUGACCAGAAUCAGAGAGUCGCCCCUGGCGGUACAAUCACCGGCACCGGAUCCCCCUUCCCUCCUACCGGCUACCAAAGCCCUCCCCAACCCGAAGAUGAAGGCGAUGCUGUUCGUGAAUGGCGUGAGAAGCGCGACUCUGAGAUUGCCCGCCGCGCAGAGGUCUCAGCCGAAAAGAAGGAAACCACCGUCAAGAAGGCUCGCGAGAACAUUGAUGACUUCUACGUCUCCUACAACAACAAGGCCGAAAAGCACCGUGCUCAGACCAAGGCCGAGGCCGAACAGUUCAAGGAGAACCGUGAAGACACCUCCGCUGGUGGCACUAGCUGGGAGCGCAUUGCUAAGCUGGUUGAUGUGUCCGGAAAGGGCAACACUGGUGGUGCCAGUGGCUCUGGCAAGGAGCGUUUCCGUGAGCUGUUGAUCGACUUGCGCAAAGACCAGGAGGCUCCGGGCGCCAGCGGGAUCUAG